AUGUUGCUUCCUGCUUAUUUACUUAUACUGGCCUUGAUUAGCCAGCUCAUAACCAACAUCAACGCCUCCCUUGACAGAACCGCAUCAAAAAUUUGGCUUUGUGAAAGUCGUUUAUUGAAAGAUCAGGAGAAAGAGCCGGCACAGGGAUUACGAUUUCCUGGCAGCACUGCCGGGUUCUGGAGCUCUUUCGACUCCUAUGGCUCACCCACAGAAGCAAUUUCCACAUUCACAGGACAAUUCUCCAGCACUAAAGCAUACAAGAAAGAGUACCUCUCUCACCACAUUAAACUUUUGAAAUCGGUGUUAAACUAUCUUCUGCGGCACGAAUCCAUGUCUCUGGCACAUCUGGAGGAAUGGUGCCUAGCACUCGAAAAUACAGUUAUUCGACCCCAUCAGACAUACGGAAUGCUUUCUGAUUCAAUUGUCUAUGCUUUUUACACUCUGCUGCUGAAGCACCACGAUGAUGCCCAGUUCACGGAAGACAUGUAUACUCGACUGACCUACCUUUUGUCAAUCGCAGCCGCGUUCCCAAAUUCAGGGAUUCAAUGGGCACAAGGCAGCUCCAUUGCCCCGACGAAGGUCUCAGUAAAAAUUUCCGUUAGUAUGUGGGAUACUCUCCAGUGGCAGUUAAUCGGGGAACCAGAACCAAGGUUGAAACCUCUAGUGGACGCAAAGAAUAACAAUGACUAUACAUAUAUUAUCGAAAAUCUCGACAAAAUCAUUGAAGAAAUCUUCUCGAGUCAGCCAGCAAAAGACCUAUCUGCUCAGACCAGAGUAGCCUCGAUAGCUGUACUUUCUCAUUUGCUGAAGACAAAUGACGAGCCUACGAAGGCCAAAGCAAAUGAACUGAUGAAUUCACUUGUAUCGAACUCAAAAGGCGCCUACUUGUUAUUCAAUCAUGAACGAACUCUACUUUCAGUCUCCGAAGAUCAAAAGAAAAACGAGAAAGGAUUAUCGAAUGUGGAGACUGGCGGGGAACGGGCGCAAUGCACCGAGAAAUAUAAGCUAUUUAUGGAAGUCAGGCAUUCUCCCGCAAACGUAGCCGUGUCGUUUACUCCCGGGACAACGGUUCCAAGCUCAAUCACCCUCGCCGUUCCCUGGCUUCGGCUCUUCACUCCCAAGACUUUCUUUGUUGAGCAUUGUCUCAAUGCUGCCCACCAAUUGGCCGACAACAAAGUCUCAACAGCUAGUCAUGGAACUUGCAAGCUCGCCCUCGCUAACAGUAACGAGAAAGUGGCUCCAGGUCAGAUUUCUACCAAGGACCUCGAGAAAGGUGUUCACGGCAUCAUGCAGGCUUGUGCCACCCCACAAAAGGAAAACGCCGAGGGAGCCCAUGCCGGCAAAGUCGACGAAAAACAAAUCGUCAUGCUCAUGACCCACACAGGCGCUUGA